AUGGUUGAAUACGCAACUUACCCCAGCCUUCGUGGCAAGGUAGUCCUGAUUACAGGAGCCGCCGAAGGGAUUGGCGCAGCUGCAGUCGAACUCUUUUGCCGGCAGGGCUCUAAAGUCGUCUUUUUGGAUUACUCCGAGUCUUCAGCACGUCAAGUCCUCGACAAGAUCAAGUCGAUUCCCGACGCAACGCAGCCCACGUUCUUGUACUGCGACGUCACAGACCUGGAGGCACUCAAGAGCUGUGCCGAAAAGGCUAUAGCACAGCAUGGAACGGUGGACGUGCUCAUCAACAAUGCCGGGGCCGCGGGACCAACGUCGCGCGUACCGAGCUUGGGCGUCACGCCCGAGUCUUUCGACCUGGACGUCAACGUGAACCUGCGGCAUCAGUUCUUCCUCACACAGUACGUCGUCCCGGCCAUGCAGAAGCAAAAGUCGGGCAGCAUCAUCAACUUGGGAUCCAUCAUCUGGAGGAUCCCCGAGACGCAGGCGCCCGUCUACGCUACGGUCAAGGCGGGCGUCGUGGGCAUGACUAGGGUGCACAGCAAGGAGUACGGCAAGGACGGAAUUCGUGUCAAUAGCAUCAUGCCCGGGAGUGUCGCGACCGAGAGACAGAUUCGCGAGGUCCUGACCGAGGAGUACGAGGCCAACACCAUGAGGGCGCAGAGCCUCAAGAGACACGUACUGCCCGCGGACGUGGCCAGGUUGAUGUUGUUCCUUGCGGCAGAGGACUCGAGUGCCAUUACGGGCAGUAGUUACGUGAUCGAUGCCGGCUGGGUGAGCGAUAAAUAA